UGUGUGUGUGUGUGUUUGCAGCAUCAUUUGAGAGAGUCUCUCUCGCGCGUGCAGUGCGGUAGAAUGUGCAGGUGAUGGGAGGAGGAGGAGGAGGAUGAUGAAGAGGAGGGAGGUGCGUGGACCGUGCACGCGAGUUAGACUUUCAAGGGGCAAAAGACGCAUAGAGCACGCGGAACAGUUCCCGCAACACAGUUCCUCACGCGCGAGAGCUCAGCAACUGGACUGCGAUUAGUUCCUUCCUCUUUAUUUAUUAUUAUUAUUUUUUUUAAUUCUUUAAUCCCCUCUUUUUAAUCUUGUCCGGUUUAGAGUUUGGGUUUCUCCUCGUCAUUUCUCCUGCACGAGGUUCAUCAGGACUCCAUCAGCGCUCCUCAACUUUUCUUUAUUGAAGCGGUGGAUUGCGGAGAAACUGCGCGCGGCGGCACGCGGCUGGAGACAGACUGAGGAGAGGAGGACGAACCUGGAAGGACUUCGGGGGACAGAGAGUGAGAAAAGAAGGAUAAUAAAACCACAUCAUAAAACAGGAGACUGGUUUCCUUCCCGAGCGCGCAUAACAAAGCCACUGUCGUCGCGUGCAUACUGAAGAAAAGGAGGAAAGAACGAUAGAUAGAUAUAGAUAGAUAGAGGGAGGGAGGGAGAGAAGCGUCCCGAGUUGAAGUCACGGAUCUCUCUCUCUCUCUCUCUCUUUGUGUUCUACUGCAUUGCAGUUUAAACCCGGUGCAAAGCGAAAGAGAGCCGCUCGCGCGCCGUGCGGCAUCUAAAUGAACCGGAAAAGGAGAGAAAAACCCGGUACCGAGUGGAUCCUCUCCUUACUGCACACAUGGAUCUUCGCUGAAGAAGAAAAAGAGGACGUGUUUUUGUUUUAAAUGCGGGCAUCACGCACGUGCAGACGUGACUGGAGCAACUAAGGAAGUGCAAAAUCAUCUAAAAAAUACUAAGAGAGACACAAAGAGAAGAAAACCAACAAGCAGAGACUAAAAAAAUCAUUGCUGGAUCUGGAGCACGAGCAGGCUGCAGAGAGAAAGAAGAAAAGAGAGAAAGAAAGAGGGAAUGAGUGAGAAAGCCAUGGGGAGCGCCGCAGUGAACACGCCGCUCGGCUGCUACCUCGUGCUCGCGCUGCAGCUGCUGACUCAGGUGGAUGGGGCGCUGCGCUACCGGGUCGCUGAGGAAGGACCGGCGGACGUGCGCAUCGGCAACGUGGCCCUCGACCUCGGGCUCGCCACAUCCGGCGUUGGGACCGGAGACGUGACCUUUGCGCUGGAGUCCGGGGCUGAGUACUUCAAGAUUGACAACGUGACAGGCGAGUUGACCACCAGCGCCCGGCGCAUCGACCGUGAAAAGUUACCACAGUGUGCCAUGAUCUUUGACGAGAACGAGUGUUUCUUGGACUUUGAAGUUUCCGUGAUCGGGCCGCUCCAAAGCUGGGUGGACCUUUUCGAAGGCCGCGUCGUGGUCACCGACAUCAAUGACAACACGCCAUCGUUUCCGUCUCCUAUGCUAACUCUGUCAGUUGAGGAGAACAGACCAAUUGGAACGCUUUACCUUCUCCCCACGGCUACGGACCGUGACUUCGGGCGCAACGGGAUCGACCGCUACGAGCUCGUGCACCAGGAUGCUGUAUCUGGGUCACGCCGACCCAAUCCCAGCAUGGCCACAGGAACCGAAAGGAACGGAAAUGGUGAGAGGAGGCGUAUCCAGGAGGUUGGGCCUACUUUAAAUGGGCGGAGCAACAGUGUCUUUGAGUUGCAGGUUGCUGAUACACCUGAUGGACAGAAACAGCCGCAAUUGAUUGUUAAAGGCCCGUUGGAUCGAGAGGCACGGGAUUCCUAUGAGUUGAUUCUUAGAGUUCGAGAUGGCGGAAAUCCGGCACGUUCUUCUCAAGCGCUGCUUCGCAUCUCCAUCACUGACGUCAAUGACAACAAUCCACGCUUUGAAAGGGCUGUUUAUGAAGCUGAAAUGGCUGAAAACACACCUCCAGGAACCCCUGUGUUGCAGGUUCGAGCUUCAGAUCGUGAUGUCGGAGUAAACGGACAGGUGGAAUAUGUCUUUGGUGCUGCCACAGAAUCGGUACGCCGGCUACUCCGCCUCGACGAGGCCUCAGGUUGGCUUAGUGUUUUACAUCGUAUCGACAGAGAGGAAGUUUCUCAACUGCGCUUCAUAGUAACCGCGAAGGAUCGCGGCCAGCCACCUCGAACAGACCGCGCCACAGUCAUACUCAAUGUACGAGACGAAAAUGACAAUGUUCCUGUCAUAGAUAUUCGCAAAAUUGGCCGCAUCAUCGUACGGGACGGAGCUGCUAUGGUGCCUGAGAAUGUUCUAGUUGACACUCCUGUAGCGUUAGUCCAAGUUUCAGAUCGUGAUCAAGGUGAAAACGGUGCUGUGACAUGCACAGUGGUUGGAGAUGUACCGUUUACACUGAAACCUGCAGGAGAAAACGCACUAGCUCCUCCUCCUGCUGUCGACGACGCCUUCGAACGAAACAAAAAGAAGUUUUUCCUGCACACUUCGGCGCUUUUGGACUAUGAAACCACACGGGAUUACACAGUCACCAUUGUCGCGGUGGAUUCGGGAAGCCCGAGUUUGUCGGUUAACAGCACUUUGAUGGUGCGAGUUGUGGAUAUAAACGAUCACGCUCCGACAUUUGCUCAGAAUCUGGUGGAAGUUCAUUUCGCAGAAAACAACACACCCGGGGAGCGGGUGGUCACCGUGGUAGCGUCCGAUGCCGAUAGUGGCAAAAAUGCAGAAAUCGCAUAUUCCCUGGAUCCGUCGGUGAACGGAGCGUUUUACAUUGACACCGAUAACGGAGAUAUACGUGCUACCGGCGUGUUGGAUCGAGAGCAGCGUGACAGAUACGAGUUCCGCGUAAUCGCUCGAGACAAGGGCACUCCGUCUUUACAAGGUUCUACAACCGUUGUGGUCCAGAUAACGGAUAGAAACGACAAUGCUCCAAAGUUCGUCCAGGAAGUUUUCAUGUUUUAUGUGAAGGAAAACCUGCUUUCCAACAGCCCAGUUGGAAUGCUGACCGUUACAGAUGCUGAUGGUGGAGAGAAUGCGGAGUUGAGUUUGUUUGUGGAGGAGGAGGAUGAUGAUGACAUUGAGGAAAAUGAAGCAGGAAGUAAAAGAACGGAAACCUUAACCAAGACGUUCUCUAUAGAGAAUAACACCGGGACUAUCUUUUCCGCGUUGUCGUUCGAUCGUGAGCGCCGCAGCACGUACAAGUUCCGUGUUCGGGCCAUAGAUGGUGGUGAUCCGCCUCGAUCUGCAACUGCCACAGUCUCUCUGUAUGUAACGGAUGAAAAUGACAACGCUCCAUCCGUCAUCUCACCUUCUAAUGACUCGUACACGCUCCUAACUCCGUCCAGUGGCGCUCGGACUGUCGUCAGAACUGUAACGGCCUCGGACAGUGACGCUGGCUCCAAUGCAGAUCUGCGCUAUGCUUUGAUUGGUGGAAACCCGUUCCAUCUGUUCGAAAUCGGUGCGAGCAGCGGCGUAAUUACGCUAACAGAACCGCUGGAGAGACGACACCGAGGGCUCCACCGCCUGGUGGUACGAGUGAACGACAGCGGGGUUCCAUCACUGUGCGCCACAGCGCUAGUUCACGUCUUCGUCAAUGAGAGUCUCACUAACGCCACCCUGGUGGAUGCUCAGGUGGCCCGGAGUUUGGGGUUACCCCUGUCCCUGGACAUUGCAGGUGACCCUGAUAAUGAGAGGAUUCUUGGUAAGCAGCGUCUGAGCGUGGCGAUUGGUGUACUCUCGGGUGCAGCCGCGGUGGUUCUCAUUAUCCUGCUGGUCCUGACUGCUCGUCAGUGCGGAGCGCUCGGGAAGAACGGCUAUGAAGCCGGAAAGAAAGAACCUGAGGAGGACUUCUUCACGCCCCGCCCACCAUCUCAGCCACCGCCCGAGAAAAAGAAGCGGCGCGACACGGAGAAACGUGACACUCGAUCCAAAACGGAGCGCUCGCUGUAUGCCGGGAUCGUCACAGUUAACAGCUGCAGGCGCACCGACGAGGAGGAGGAGGAAGAGGAAGUUGAGGAGGAACAGGAAGUGAAUCAGCGCAUCGGAGCUAGGCGUCACCGUUCCAGUCCUGACCUCGCCCGUCAUUACAAAUCCAGCUCCCCGUUACCCGCGGUCCAUCUGCAGCCCAACUCGCCACCGGUGGAGGGGAAGAAGCACCAGGCCGUGCAGGAACUUCCUCCAACAAACACCUUUACCGGGAACGGGAACGGGAACGUGGACGCCAUGUCGCUUGGGUCAGACCACUGCUCCGAGUACAGCUGCCAUAAUACCAAGUACAGCAAACAGCCGUUGCGCAGGGUGACGUUUUCUGUGGCGACAGAUGCCGGUUGCUAUGACAGCGGGGUGGACGAGUCGGAGACACCGAGCAGUAAGAGCAGUAAGAUCGGGGUCCUGUCUCUUCCUGAGGACGGAUACGAGAGAACAACACCUGAGGGCAGUGUGGGGAGGAGGAGCACGUGGAGAACGUGUGUAGUAAAUGCUAAAGUUUAA